GCACCGAGGUUGUAGCGUGCGCGUGUCAGUUAUGAAUUCUGUCAGCUUGUGUGAGUUGCGAUGACUCAUCGCGGUGGUGGAUACAUAAGCGGCCGUGAAGCACAAGGAUCAUCCUCCUCCUCCUCCUCCACUCUAAUAAGCUUCUCCCAACUUGAAGAAGGCUCAAGCACCGCCCCACUACAACUCAUCAUCAUCAGAAGCAAAAAAGAAGAUGGCUGUCUCUGUCUCCUCCUCAUCCAUCCUUGUGCUCCCGUUCCUCUUGCUCUGCUCGCUCGCUUCCGCCUGCGACCGCUGCGUUCACCACUCCCGAGCCUCCUUCCUCACAUCGUCGCUCACCCUCGCCGCCGGUUCUUGCGGGUAUGGCAAGGUGGCCGGGUCCUUCAGCGGCGGCAUGCUCGCCGCGGCCGGCCCGGACCUGUACCGAAAAGGCGUCGGCUGCGGCGCGUGCUUCCAGGUGCGGUGCAAGGACGGCGAGCUCUGCGGCACGGCCGGCGCCAGGGUGGUGGUGACGGACCGCGCCAGGACGAAGGGGAACGGCACGGACCUGGUGCUCGGCAGCCCGGCGGUCGCCGCCAUGGCCCGCCCCGGCAUGGCCGCGCGGCUCGCCAAGCUCGGCGCCGUCGACGUGGAGUACAAGAGGGUGCCGUGCGAGUACAGUGGGAGGAACCUGUCGGUGCGGGUGGAGGAGCGGAGCCGCCCGACCAGCGAGCUCGCCAUGACCUUCCUCUACCAGGGCGGCCAGACCGACAUCGUCGCCGUCGACGUCGCGCAGGUGGGUUCGUCGAACUGGAGGUUCUUGACGCGUGACCAUGGCCCGUCGUGGAGCACGAAGCUGGCGCCGGCGGGGCCGCUGCAGAUGAGGAUCGUGGUGACCGGCGGGUACGACGGGAAGUGGGUGUGGGCGGAGCGGGAGGUCCUGCCGAGCGGGUGGCGCGCCGGCGAGGUGUACGACACGGGCGUCCAGAUCACGGACAUCGCCCAGGAGGGGUGCUUCCCAUGCGACACGCAGGAGUGGAGGUGAGGCCGCGAGACGCAACGCAAGCUGGAGUGAACGACAGCUGCUACGUGACGAGAGUCAACAAGAAGAGGAUGAAGCUCCUCGUCACUGCCAAUUUCGGUUCGAAGGAUAGAGUUAACUGAGGAGGUGACACCUAGAGUCCUGGUCACCUCGGCGACGUUUCUUUUUCGCUUAUCCAACUCUUGAGUACAUAAGCCGCUGCUGACGUGUAAGAUAAGUAUAGUAGACUAGUGGUAAUGAAGCUAUGUUAGAGCAUCCCA